CCGCGAUAGCAAAAGCCUUCCCACUCCCUUCCCUCCCAUCCCAGACGCCACAGACCCGACGACGGCCGCCGGCCGGCAAGAAGGCGUCGUCCAUGGGGCCCCAGCAGGACCGGUCGGCGUCCAAGGCGCUCGCCAACGGCACGGCGGUGGCGCCCGAGAGGAAGGACGGCAAGGUGGUGCACUACAAGGAGUGCCAGCGCAACCACGCCGCCGGCAUCGGCGGCUACGCCGUGGACGGCUGCCGCGAGUUCAUGGCGUCCGCCCCCGCGGGCGCCGAGGCGCUCCUCUGCGCGGCGUGCGGCUGCCACCGCAGCUUCCACAAGCGCGAGGUGGAGGCCGUCGAGUGCGACUGCUCCUCCGACACCUCCGGCCGGUGAUCGCCGCCGCCCGUCGCCGCCCAAGCCCGCUGUUCUCUUGCUGGCUCGUCACGGGUAGACCGGCAUCUAUCGGCAGGUAAGGCGUGGUGGACGUUGAGAUGACUCCAUUCGAUCUCGAUCCAUCUAUCAAAUACAUAUAUAUGGCCCGGUUAAUUUAUCUUCUUCCUCCUCCUCCUCUUCCUCCUGGUAUUGGGAUUAAUUUGGUGCUCGAUUGCGUGUGAUGUAAUUAACAUAUCCGUACGUGUAGCAUAUGCGUGUUGAUGAGAGUCCAAACUGGUGCGUGUGUGUGUAGAUCGAUCGGUGAGAUGAACACCUUGUAAUUUGUACAGAUUUGUGUUUCUUGUUUGGAACCAGCAGUUAAUAAGAUAUGCCUCUGAAUUAUGGAUUGA